UAUCUCCGUCCUUAAUUUCGCAUUCCUAGGACAGCACAGUACUGCUAUCUGGCGUCCCUCUUCGGAGUCACUGGCCAUGGCUAUCCUGGCCCUCCCCUUAGUCGUCUCCGUUCUCAAGCCCCACCCUUCUCACCUCAUGGUGCUCCGGGCAGGCAAAGUCGCGGCCAACGGGUUAUGCUUGCCGCUCUCCCGCCGUCAAUUCACCAGUGCCAAUGUCUCUGCCGCUGGCGCUGCUUCGAUUUCACGGCAUUCUUCUACUGAGUUAAAGAGCCAGACUGAGAAAGGUUCUGUGCUUACUUUUCAGCAAGCCAUUCAGCGCCUUCAGGAAUAUUGGGCUUCUGUGGGAUGUGCCAUAAUGCAAUGCAGCAACACAGAGGUUGGAGCUGGGACUAUGAAUCCACUUACAUACUUAAGGGUUCUUGGUCCAGAGCCAUGGAUGUUGCGUAAGUACGCUGAACCUAGUAUCCGCCCUGAUGAUAGUCGGUACGGGGAAAACCCAAACAGGCUUCAAAGACACACUCAAUUUCAGGUAAUUCUGAAGCCUGAUCCUGGAAAUUCUCAGGAUCUUUUUAUUCACAGCCUAUCAGCUAUAGGUAUUGAUGUCAGUUCACAUGACAUACGAUUUGUGGAGGACAACUGGGAGAGUCCGGUUCUUGGUGCAUGGGGUUUGGGCUGGGAAAUUUGGAUGGAUGGGAUGGAGAUUACUCAAUUCACGUACUUCCAGCAGGCUGGAAGUCUCCAGCUGUCACCUAUUUCUGUUGAAAUCACUUAUGGUCUUGAACGUAUCCUCAUGUUACUUCAGGGGGUUGAUCACUUCAAGAAAAUUAAAUAUUCUGAUGCGAUUACAUAUGGAGAAUUGUUCUUGGAGAGCGAGAAGGAAAUGAGUGCAUAUUAUUUGGAGCAUGCCAGUGUUGAUCAUGUGCAGAAACAUUUUGAUUUCUUUGAGGAGGAAGCACGCUCUUUACUUGCUUUAGGCCUUCCAAUCCCUGCGUAUGAUCAGCUUCUGAAAACGUCUCAUGCGUUUAACAUCUUGGACUCAAGAGGCUUUGUUGGGGUAACGGAGCGUGCUCGGUACUUUGGUCGUAUGCGUAGUUUAGCUCGUCAAUGUGCACAACUUUGGUUGAAGACUAGGGAGUCACUGGGCUACCCACUUGGUUUCAUCUCUGAACCUGAAAAUUUAUCACUGCCAAAAGAAGUUUUGGUGGCUGCAGUUGAUAAGGUGCAUGAUCAAUCAAGAGCAUUUGUUAUUGAAAUUGGAACUGAAGAGAUGCCACCUCAAGAUGUUGUUGAUGCAAGCAAGCAACUAAAGGAUUUGAUGUUGCAAUUGCUUGAGAAGCAAAGGUUGGACCAUGGCGAAGUGCAAGCGUUUGGUACCCCACGAAGAUUAGUGGUCACUGUUGAAAAUCUUUGCACCAAACAAGCUGAAAAGGAGGUUGAGGUUCGAGGGCCUCCUGUAUCAAAAGCAUUUGAUGAACAAGGAAAUCCAGCAAAGGCCAUUGAAGGGUUUUCUCGUAGAUAUUCUGUCCCACUGCACUUGAUAUACAAGAAGGUUGAUGGAAAAACAGAAUAUGUUUAUGCUCGUGUAAAGGAGUCCUCAAGACAUGCCUUGGAGGUUUUAUCUGAAGAUUUGCCUGCUGCCAUUGCUAAAAUAUCUUUUCCAAAGACAAUGCGCUGGAAUUCUCAGGUAAUGUUCAGCAGGCCUAUACGUUGGAUUUUGGCCAUGCAUGGGGAUGUAGUAGUCCCAUUUAUGUUUGCUGGGCUAAUAAGUGGAAACUUAUCUUGUGGUCUUCGUAAUACUUCUUCAGCUGUUGUCCAGGUAGAAAGCGCUGAAUCUUAUGCAGAUGCUAUUAAAAGUGCUGGAAUUAAUGUUGCAAUAGAGGGGCGCAGAAGUAUAAUAUUGGAGCAAUGUCGCACACUAGCAGAAAGUGUAAAUGGUCGAAUAUUUAUUCCAAAUGGGUUGCUUGAUGAGGUUGUAAAUCUUGUUGAGGCGCCUGUUCCAGUGCUUGGAAAAUUUAAAGAAUCCUUUCUGGAGCUUCCUAAAGAUCUUCUGACUAUGGUUAUGCAAAAGCACCAAAAGUAUUUUGCUGUAUGUGAUGAUAACGGAGGAUUGUUGCCAUACUUUAUUGCUGUUGCAAAUGGAGCAAUCAAUGAAGCUGUUGUAAGGAGAGGAAAUGAGGCUGUGCUUAGGGCUCGCUAUGAAGAUGCCAAAUUCUUCUAUGAGAUGGACAGACAUAAAAGAUUUUCAGAAUUUCGAAAUCAACUGAAGAAUAUUCUCUUUCAUGAGAAACUUGGAACCAUGCUGGAUAAGAUGACUCGUGUCGAAAACAUAGUUGAUAAACUGUGUUCAUUCUUGGAAAUCAGUGAGGGCGUGCAUCUAAUUGUUCAGGAAGCAGCAUCACUUGCUAUGUCUGAUCUGGUCACUGCCGUUGUCACUGAAUUUACAUCGCUUUCUGGAAUUAUGGGGCGUCACUAUGCUCUUGAAGAUGGAUACUCAGAGCAGGUUGCUGAUGCCCUGUUUGAGAUCACCCUUCCUAGAUUUUCUGGUGAUAUUCUUCCCAAAAGUGAUGCUGGAAUAGUUUUGGCAAUUGCUGAUAGAUUAGAUAGCCUGGUUGGUUUAUUUGCUGCUGGUUGUCAACCUAGUUCCGCAAAUGACCCAUUUGGCCUGCGGAGAAUCUCAUAUGGUCUUGUACAGUUGUUGGUGGAAAAGAAUAAAAACCUACAUUUUAAACUGGCUCUGGAACUAGCAGCAAAUGUCCAACCCAUUAAAGUUGAUCCUUGUGUAAUUGAUGAUGUGCAUCAAUUCGUUACUCGGAGAUUGGAGCAGUACCUGGUUGACAAGGGAGUAAGUGCAGAAGUAGUUCGUUCCAUCCUUGCUGAACGGGCAAACUUGCCUUGUCUAGCAGCAAAAUCAGCAUACAAGAUGGAAGAACUAUCAAGAGGCGAGCUUUUCUCAAAAGUUGUUGAAGCAUAUUCUCGGCCCACAAGAAUUGUCCGUGGAAAGGAAGAAGUUCAUAUUAAGGUGGAUGAAGCUGCCUUUGAAACAGAAGAAGAGAGGAGUUUAUGGAGCACUUUCUUGUCUGUUAAGAAAAGAAUUGAUCCAGGUCUUGAGAUUGAUAAAUUUUUUGAAGUUUCAUCUGAAUUGAUACAGCCACUUGAGGAUUUCUUCAACCAUGUCUUUGUGAUGGUGGAUGAUGAUAAAAUCAGAAGGAACAGGCUAGCUAUGCUUAAAGCAAUUGCUGAACUCCCUAAAGGAAUAGCAGAUCUUACAGUUUUGCCGGGAUUUUAAGGAUGAAUUAUUUUGGAGGUUCCAAAGGCCUUAGAAGAGAGAAGCGGUUUUCUUCUCUCUUUUCCUGUUCAUUUUGUGGGUACCUAUACCAUUAUUUUUGCUGGGGGGAAGGAAAAAUUGGUAUUACCAAUUUUGUAUCGUGAUUCAUCAAAUAAAAUUGAUAUGUAAUAUUUUAUGAUGAAUAAUAUAACAUUUGAUGGUUUAGUAGAUUGACUAUGCUA